UUCUAUUUGAGUAGCAACCAUUCCUAGAUUACCACCAACAAUGUCGAAGGUUUUAGGAUCAGAGAAAAUCUGCCCUCAUAUUGCCCUCUUCCCCAGUGCUGGAAUGGGUCAUCUAACGCCUUUCCUGCGGCUUGCCUCUGUGCUGUUGUCUAAUAACUGUAAGGUUACUCUGAUCACUCCCAAACCUUCGGUCUCAGUUGCAGAGUCCGCACAUAUUUCUUCCUUCGUUUCAGCUCAUCCAGAAGUCAAUCAUCUUGCGUUUCAACUUCCUUCCUUACAGCCUCCUAAUUCAUCUACUAAUGAUCCCUUUCAUAUCCAGUUCGACACCAUUCUUCGUUCUGUACAUCUUCUCCAUCCAUUGCUAUAUUCUUUAUCUCCACCUCUAUCCGCUAUCUUUUCUGAUAUUUUAGUAGCUGCUGGUGUCAUUUCCGUUGCUGUUGAUCUUGGUCUUCCCCAUUAUACUUUGGUCACCUUUUCUGCUAAAUAUCUUUCUCUGACGGCAUAUAUCUCGAUCAUGGUAUCUGAUCCCACCAAACUUAGCUGUUCUGCUGAAAUUGAGAUCCCCGGCCUAGGGCCAGUCCCUGUGGGAAGCAUCCCUCCUCCAUACUUGAACCCAAAUCAUCUCUUCACAUCGGUCUUUAUGUCAAAUGCAAGAGCUCUCCCGGGCGUUGAUGGAAUUCUAAUAAAUACCUUCGAUUGGCUUGAACCGGAAACACUUUCUGCACUUAACAGCGGUAGUGUUUUCGCCAAAUUUCCACCUGUCCUCCCUAUAGGACCUUUAGUACCUUAUGAGCUUAAGAGGAAUGAAGAGUGUCAAUACCUACAGUGGUUAGACGUCCAACCCAAAGAAUCUGUGGUUUACGUGAGCUUCGGAAGCAGAACAGCCAUGUCGAAAGAUCAAAUGAAAGAACUGAGAGACUGCUUGUGGAAAAGUAAGUAUCGUUUUCUUUGGAUUCUCAAAAGCAACAAAGUGGACAAGGAUGACAAAGAAGAUUUGGACACCCUAUUAGGUCAUUCCUUUUUUGAAGAUACCAAGAACAGGGGAAUGGUAGUGAAGCGUUGGGUAUACCAACAAGAGAUUCUAGCACAUCCUGCCGUCGGAGGCUUUGUUAGUCACUGUGGUUGGAACUCAUUGAGUGAAGCAGCUCGUAAUGGGAUUCGAGUUCUGGCAUGGCCUCACCAUGGGGACCAAAGGGUGAAUGCGGAAAUUGUGAAGAAGGUGGGGCUUGGGUUAUGGGAGAGCAGUUGGGGUUGGGGUAUUGAGAAUCUAGUGAAGCAAGAAGAGAUUCAGAAAAUGAUUGGUGAGCUGAUGGAGGAUGAGAAGUUGAGGAUUACAGCAAAGAAGGUGGGCAAUGAAGCUAAGAAAGCUGGAGAAAUUGCUGGGAGUUCCAACAAGGUACUCAUGAAAGUCCUUCGAGGCCUCGUAAAAUAAAAUCAGUUCAACUUUCCAUAAAUGUCGUGCUAAACCAGUCGCAUGACCAGGUUUCCGUUGCAUUUCAUUCGUGUUCUCUCUUUGUUUUAAAAUAUAGAUUGUUUGAAUAU